CUGACUUUUAGGAAGUCCUGAGCACCCGCCCUCUAGAAUCGCCCGUGGGCGGCCCCGGGCUGCGCUAAGGCGGGGGAGCAACGCAGGCGGGGGCCGGGGUAGGAGGCGGGGGGGGGGGGGUUGUACCACUUAAGCACCUCUCGGCCCGCCUCCGGCUGAGCGCACUCAGGGCGGGAACGCGGCUCCCCGGCGGCUCUCCUCAGCCCGCCACUUUGCCGCUUCGGGGCCGCUCCUCCCUGCCCAGUCCCUGCGCUGCUCCCGCUCCCGCGCGGCCUCCCGCCGGCCGGCCCGUGGAGGAGGGGACGGGGCGGGGGGACGCCGCCCGCCCCGGAGUUGCUCCGGCAGCUGGCGCAGAGGCUGCAGAGCCCGACUCGCCUUCCGAGCCGGCAGCGCCCCGCGAGCGGCUUCCCGGGCCGGGCCGGGAUGGCGCGUACCUGAGCCCGCCGGCGCCCUCCGCCCGGCGCAGCAGCCAUGCCCGGGGACCUGCCCGGGCUCAACCUCUCCAGCCGCCCGGCGGCGCUGGGCCACGCGUGCGCGGCCGGCGCGGGGCAGCUGCUUCAGCACCACGGCCAGUUCUCCGCCGGCCUCUCGGGGCUGCUGGCCGCGCUCAUGGGGCUGCUGGCGCUGGCCACCGUGCUGGGCAACGCGCUGGUCGUCCUGGCCUUCGUGCUGGACCGGAGCCUCCGCACCCAGGGCAACUUCUUCUUCCUCAACCUGGCCCUCGCCGACCUCCUCGUGGGCGGCUUCUGCAUCCCUCUCUACAUCCCCUACGUGCUGACGGGCGAGUGGAAGUUCGGCAAGGGCUUGUGCAAGCUGUGGCUGGUGGUGGAUUACCUGGUGUGCACCGCCUCCGUCUUCAACAUUGUCCUGAUCAGCUUCGACAGAUUCGUUUCCGUUACCAAAGCGGUGAGUUACAGAGCUCAGAAGGGGAUGACUAGAAAUGCCGUAUUAAAGAUGAUAAUCGUAUGGAUUGCAGCUUUUCUUCUCUAUGGACCAGCCAUCAUCAGUUGGGAGUAUAUUGCUCAAAAAACUAUCCUCCCUAAAGGAGAGUGCUAUGCUGAGUUCUUCUACAAUUGGUAUUUCCUAAUGAUUGCUUCCACUAUUGAAUUCUUUACACCUUUCAUUAGCGUUGCAUACUUUAACUUAAGCAUUUACAUCAACAUAAGGAAGCGCACUCCCAUGAGAAAUGAAAACCUAGCACCUGAUCAAGAGGACUGUGAAACAAGUUUCCAAGGGAAAAAAAGAGAGCAUGUAAUAUUUUUUGUAAAACCUACUGACAGACACAGAGAUAAGAAAAGAAGAGCAAGUAGCCUUUCACCCACUAGACCCUGCAGUUCAAAGCUAAGCCUAUGUAAACUUGAUAACCAGUCCUUAGAUUUUAAUGUCGGUCAAGAUUUACCGCCCUUACAGGUGGAUGUUGAGACUAAACAACGCAGGGGCAGUUUUUACAAAGCUAUAGAAAACGUUUGCAACACCACAAGAAGAACAGAUAUUGCCAACAGCAUGGCAAACAGAGUUAGACUUUCCCGGGACAAACGAGUAGCCAAGUCUUUAGCAAUUAUUGUCUGUGUGUUUGGUUUGUGUUGGGCUCCUUAUACACUUCUGAUGAUCAUUAGAGCAGCUUGUCAUGGGCACUGUGUGCAUCAUUCCCUCUAUGAGACUUCAUUUUGGCUUCUGUGGCUGAACUCAGCCAUUAACCCCAUUUUAUAUCCAUUGUGCCACAUGAGCUUUAGAAAAGCUUUUAUAAAACUGCUGUGUCCUGGUAAGGCUAAAAUUCAUCCCCACAUUUUUAUGUAAAAGUAUAUAAGGAAAAUGAGUUUGUUAUGUAGAAACACCAAUUGCUUCUAAAAGGAACCAAUUGGUGCUGCUUUGGUUUAGGUCCAUGAAUUAUGACUACCCUUGGUUACUUUAAGUCAGGGUAGACUUGGAGAAUUUAAAGAUCAAUAAAAAUACAAAUAAAUCAGAGAAAGAUUUAUAACAUUGCAAUGCUAAUGCAUCACAACCAGAAAGUGACCCUAUCUAAUCUGUUUUCAUUCAAAGCAGAGUGACAUGCAAAAAGGCAAACAGCAUUCCUAUG